AUGGCACUUCAAUUUGACCCUGAAUAUGCGGCUGCAGUCGAGCCAUUGCUUCCUCUUCUCUCAAAGAGAAAGAAAUUAUCCUUGUCCGAAAUUCCAGCUGCGCGAAAGGCUCGUGAAGCGGGGAUUGCGGCCUUUUUUCAUAAGCUGGAAGAUUGCCCAGACGUUCAACAACAAGUUCACCACGUGAAAGCCUCGGAUGGCUACGUGAUCUCGAUCCUAGCUUUUUACAAGACAGAUGCUCCACCGGAUCCCGGACCAGCUGUACUGCACUUUCACGGCGGAGGCAUGAUACUUGGCUCAGCCGAACUACACGCGAAGCCCUUGGCACAACUAGUCAGCAAGACAUCCGUCCCUAUCUUCAGUGUCAACUAUCGCCUGGCUCCUGAGUACAAGGAUACCGUCCCAGUUGAGGACGCCUACACUGCUCUUCUAUGUAGAAUUGCAGUAUACGGAGAGAGUGCUGGUGGAGGUCUGGCCGCUGGUGUUGCUUUGAUGGCUCGGGAUUUGGACCUACAGCCACCCCUAUCAAAGCAGAUUCUUAUCUAUCCUAUGCUAGACGACCAAAACCAAGUCGCAAAUGAUAAGAUGGAACCCUUCGCUUUCUGGAAGACCGAAGAUAACGUCACGGCCUGGACUGCACUUCUCGGGGACAAGGCUGGAGAUCCCGAUGCUAGGGUGUCUCCUUACUCAGCGCCUGCUCGAGUAAGCAGCCUAGCAGGCUUGCCGUCAACCUACUUGGAUGUUGGUGGUCUGGAUAUUUUCCGGGAUGAAACUAUAAGUUAUGCCGCAAGGCUGAUGGCUGAAGGUAUUCAAACUGAGCUCCAUGUAUACCCCGGCGUCCCCCACGCAUUUGAGAUGGUGGCACCUCAUAUUAAGGCGACAAAGAGAGCACUUAAUAAUAGAGAGUGUACAAUUUUGGAACUUUAA